AUGGAUAGGUUCUAUCACCUGAUUGAAGCUGUAAUUUCAGUUAAUCGAACGCCGGUUGCUCUUCAUAAAGCUGAAGAAGCAAGAACUCGCCUUGCAUGUGAAUUAGCACCAAGAUUAGCUGCUGGAAGACUAACCAUGGGAACCCGCCAACUGCUAUGGCAAACUUGCGAGCAAGCUUCCAGAGGAGAUUAUCGAGCGGCUGUAGCCACUUGCGGACAUAUGGUUCGAUCUGGUGGAGACUUUGUAGAGGUCUCUGCAUUCUUGCCAGCACUGAAGUCGCUCUUCUUAUUGGCGCAGUCGACAGGAGAUUAUCGAGCGGCUGUAGCCACCUGCGGACAUAUGGUUCGAUCUGGUGGAGACUUUGUAGAGCUGAUGGUGACGUUGAGAUCUGGAAGGAAAUAUUCCGAACCAAAGGCUGAGAAGACCUUUGUGGAGUCUGGUCCUACUACGCAGACACGCCCAUUAACGUAUAAACGAGUUCGUAAUGCAACUCUUACAGCCGAUUUUUCCGAAAAGAAGGAAGUUGUCAAAAAGUUUAAGAGAGAGGUGGAUGAAGAAGAGAGUUCUCAAUUGGAAAGCAAGCCUUCACGAUGUGAAAUUUUUUCGGUAAAGGAUGAAGAUUCAACUCAUGUUUCUAAAGAAACCAAUCCUUCUCAACCUGAAGUUCCUUCAACGAAAAGAGAGCAAACAGAUUUAUCUUUUGUCUCUAAAGAGUGUCUUCAGUCAGAAACUGAGCUUUCUCAGUCCGAGGACCUUCCCAUAAAGAGAAAAGAAGGGAGUCUGCUUCGUGCCUUAGAAGAAUGUACAUCACCUCCUAAUGUGAUCGCUAAGAGCGCAGAAAAGAAAGAUAGUGGGCUCAUUAUAGGCGAGUGCUUCAUAGCCGUAGACCGAUUCGUCGUUGGUGAUGAAUGCGAAUAUCAUUUUCUCACACAUGGCCACGUUCGUGUGGAUGUGACCUUAUUGGAUGCUAACCAUUGUCCUGGAUCCGUGAUGUUCCUGUUUGAAGGUGUUGCUGUGCCUGGCGGAAGUGUUUUGGUGACAGGACAUUUCAGAGCUGACAGCCAGAUGUUGGCAUUAUUCGACACUGACGCGACCUACAAAAAAUUGUCUCAGACAUACAUCUCUACGAUUUACCUCGACGGUACUUGCCUCAAUCAAGCUCGUAAAUCGUUGCCAGAGCGGAAAGAAUCCGAAAAGAUGUUGGUUGAUGAAGUAAGAAAACUCUCAGAACAUUCAAUCAUAAUAAUUGCCUCGUUUUUGGGCAUGGAAGAGACCUUGGCAGGUGCAAGCGAACAACUUUCAGAAAUUAUAUCGGUUAGCCCUAGAAUGCUGCCUCUUAUAAGAAAAUGCGGAGUUGAACGUGGCGAAUUUAUUGCGAUAAGUGAUAGAACUUCUUCGCGAAUUCGAGUCUUAUCGAAUAACUCUAUUUGGUCUAGGUGUUUCGAAGCUCUCUACGCAUUUAGAAAAGUUCCGAAACCAGCAAUGAUCAUAGACUUGUCACCGGAUGGAGAACAUAAACGAGUUAUUGACAAAAACAUUCUUUGGAUACCGUAUAGUGAUCACUCCUCUCGUAUGGAAAUUCAGGAAUUCUUGUCAAGGCUUCGAUAUGGAAAAGUGGUAAAUAUUCAUAAGUCAAACAACAGGCAGUUGCAGACUUUGCGAAAAGCAUUCAUCACUCUCUCUCAUCCGAAGAAAGGGCGAAAAGCGACAUAUCCUCCAAAGUGGAAAUGUAAGCUGAAGAGGAAGAAACCUUGGGUUUCGAAGAACGUUUUAGGGGGAGUGAAGAGGGGGAGUGAAGAGGUAGGUAAAGCUUUCAUAAUGCGGGAGAGCUCACAUUCCUACAUCCGUAACAACUUUUAUAGAGAGCAUGAUGAUGUGGAACACACAACAUGGAAAGAAAUGGAUCCUAGUGCUCUAGCCGGAUAUGGACCCUCAACAUCAUCUCAAGCAGUCCCUGGAACUUCUGUCCAUUCUAUAUAUAGCAAAGCGCCUACCACAUCAGGCUCUAUCGGCAUAAGUCCAAUGCUGGUAUCCAACCAACGGCAGCAGGUUGCGCAAACGGAGUCGAAACCGCCUAUGGCGAACUCUUUGGCUACUGAUUUCGUAGAGUACAAGCCUGAUUGCCCGAUGUGUGCUAAAUUAUGGGCUAAAAAUCCAUCGAGUAGUAGCAGCAGAGGAAAUCAUCAGGUCUGCACGAAGAACCUUAACCGCGCUCCAGAAGUAUCUAGCACUUGCUCAUCUAAAAUGGUGGUAACUAAGGGUGAAAAGAAGCCUAUAGUUCCUGCAGUGAUAACUCUUGAUUAA